AGAGCGGAGGGCGGAGAGGGUGGCGACGGAGACGGGCGGGGUGGCGACUGGAGGGAGACGGACACGCAGCAGCGACAGCGACAGCGACAGCGACGGCAACGUGCAUGGCGGAGAGGAGGAGGAGGACGAUGUGGAUGGAUGGAUCGAUGCUCUUGUGGACGCUCUUGUGGAUGCAACGCGGCGAGGUGGCGGCGCUAACUCCUAGAGUAACUAAACCGUCCAGAUGUCUGUCUAGGUCGGGAUGGCAAGUGGUUCACGCCGCGAGGAUGGCCUUCUUCCCCCUGCUUCUCCGCUGACCGCUGCCCACCACCAGCAACAGCACCACCAACCACCACCUCCACCGCUUCCACCACCACCUUCACCUCCACCCCAGGUCUACCGCAAACGACUCCCACCGCCAUCCCAUCCCCCAAGAAGACCAUUUUCCGAUUUUCCCGCCGUCCACUUCCUCUGCAGACUAGCUUCCACCCCUUCCCUUCGUUCCUUCGUUCCUUCCUUCUUCCUCCUCCCUCCACCUCCACGUCCACCUCCCUCCCCCUUCCGCUCUCUCCCGCCACACACACCCGCACACCUCACCUCACCCACACCCCAAAACAAAAAACUUAUCCCUUCCGCCGUUCUCGUCUCUCGCUUCCCUUGCCGCACACACCCCCCUCCCCCAUCACCUUCAAUACCACGGCCACUUCAAACUACAAACUACAAACUACCAUCACAACCACCACCUAAUACCACCACUCUCCCCAGCCCCCAUCCACCUCUCCUCCCCCCGUCUGCUCCUACAGCCUCGCCAACCCCGUCAUUCACAACAGUCUCCGUCGGUAGAACCCCAAUUCUCGGCAUCCGUCUUUACCUACCCUUCACACCACCUCUCACCAAACAUCGCCACCCCUCCCCCCUCCCCAACACGUCGCCAACUUCCUCGAUAUCCACCGCGACCAAAGUCCAGCGAAAAAAACAAAUCGUCGAAGUGUAAUCCGAUCGCCUGGUUGUCUGCAGCAAGUACCAUACGAUGGCGUCCUCAUCAUCGAAUGUUGUGGGCGUCCACUACCGCGUAGGGAAGAAGAUCGGUGAGGGAUCGUUCGGUGUCAUCUUCGAGGGCACGAACCUUUUGAACAACCAGCAGGUGGCCAUCAAGUUUCGGGAAUUCCAAAUGUCUACUACUUUGGCCAGGAGGGACUACACAACAUAUUGGUUAUUGACCUGCUGGGACCGAGUUUGGAGGACCUGUUCGA